AUGGCUGCAUUGGUGAUUGUUUUGAUCAACGCCUAUCCAGCAGAGAUCAAGGAUGCGAAAGAGUCGGCAAAAGUGGCUGCGGAGCGGGUGGCGAAUGCGGCAAACGAGGCCGCCGCCACCGCCGAGGCAAUCGUUGAUAAACAAACGGGUGAAGUGAUGCACUAUAAAUAUAAGCACGAGACGGACGAUGGAUUGAAAGACGUUUCUCGUGAUCGAAUUCGUGGCGAUCAACAAAGAGCAAUCGGUAGAGGAAUCGAUCGAGCUGGAGCCUCUAGUUCAGGCGAAUCUGGCGAGAACUCGAUUGCCGGCAAAUACGAGGAGGGAAAAGCUGAAGGAAGAAUUGCCGCUGAGAAUGCGAAAGAGAAUUUGAACGAAGCUGGAGAGAAAGUCAAAGAGGGUGCUAAGGAGGGAGCACAAUGGGCUGGAGAGAAAGUUGAAGGAGCAAAGGAAACGGUGAAAGAAGGUGCUGAGGUUGCUGGACAAAAAGCUGGAGAAGCUGCUGAAACUGUCAAAGAGGGAGCUCACGAGGUUGGGAAAAAAGUUGGUGAAGCGAGUGAAACCGUUGCCAGCUCGGCCAAAGAGGGAUACGAAGAGGGAAAAGAGGCAGCUGAGAAUGUCGGCGAAACGAUUAAAGACGGUUUCUUGACUGGAGUGAAUGCGGUUGGAAAUGCUAUUGGCUCGGCCGCUUCGGCAAUCGGUGGACUAUUCGGCAGUGCUGCAGAAACAGUGAAAGAAGGUGCAAAGGAUGCGGGAGAGACGGCUGCAAAAGGAGCUGGAGCGGCUGUUGGAACUGUGCAGAAUCUCGGUGAGGGAGCGGUUGAAGGAGUCAAGAAAGCUGGAGUAGCUGUUGCUGACGGAGCCAAAGCCGCUGGAGAAACUGUUGUUGAAGGAGCGAAGAGCGCUGGCGAGGGAGUCGCUAAGGGAGCUGGUGUUGUGGCUGGAGCCGCUCAAGAUGCUGGAGAAGCUGUAGUUGAAGGAGCGAAGGCUGCUGGUGAAACUGUUGUUGAUGGAGCGAAAGCUGCUGGUGAAGGAGUUGCGAAAGGUGCUGGUGUUGUAGUUGGUGCUGCGAAGAAAACAGGAGAAUUCGUUGUUGAGGGAGCUAAAUCGGCUGGGGAGACUGUUGCUAAAGGAGCUGGAGCAGUAGUUGGCGCGGCACAGGAUGCAGGAGAAGCUGUAGUUGAAGGAGCGAAGAAAGCCGGACAAGGAAUUGCUGAAGGAGCUGGAGCUGCGGCAGGCUUUGUCGUACGAACAGGCGAGGGAGCUGCUGAUGUAGCAGCUGAUGGAGCAAAAGCUGUCGGUCAUGGUGUCGCUAAGGGAGCUGGUGCAGUGGCCGAAACAGCAUCUCAAGGAGCUCACGCAGUGAAAGAAGGAGCACAAGAGGUUGGAGCAGGAAUUGCUCAUGGCGCGAAAGUGAUGGGUGACGCAGCGCAAAACGCUGGAGAAACGGUAGUCGAAGGCGGAAAAACCGUUGUGAAAGGAGCUGCUUACGGAGCUGGUGCAGUUGGUGGAGCGGCGGCAAAAGUUGGUGAGGGAAUCGUUGAAACGGGACGAGAUGCGAAGAAUGCCGUUGGACGAGGCGUCGAGAAGACCGGUGAAUCGAUUCAAGAC